UUUUUUUUUACUUAAAAAUCUUCUAAGUACAUUUAAUGUUGGAAUUAUGGUCUUGGGGUAUCUCAUUUCAAAAGUAAAGACUUCAGUGAUAACAGUUGAUUAGGAAAUAGCAUAUUGUGAAGGAAGUCUGAAUAAAGCUGUAUCACAUAGUAGUCUGCCCCAGCGCUCUCAGGGAUGGACUAUCUUGCCUGCCUUAUUGUUGUUCUCCAGUUAUCUGAAACCACAGGGGAAGGAAGAUUUGUGGAUGCAACUGUAAAACUCACCAAUAAUAUGACUCUGGAAUGCGUCUAUCCAAAGACAGAUGGCAUAACCCAGAUGUCCUGGGUUAAGAGUAUUGUAGCUGGCAAAGAAGUCAUUGCUGUCUCCCACCCAUUGUACGGUGUGCAUAUUGAAGACAAAUAUAAGGAUAGAAUUCGCUUUAUAAAUGCUUCCUCAAGAGACAAGUCCCUAAACUUCAUGAAGACCACUGAAGCAGACACAGGCUUGUAUUUAUGCUCCAUAACAUUCCCAAAAGGAGUCUGGGAAAAGGUUGUACAGGUUAUCCAAUUAGAUUCUUUUGAGGUCCCCGUGCCACCAACCAACCACAUGAUUAUUGAACCAGGGGGAAAUGUGACACUUAGAUGUUCUUACAGUGUUGGAGAUUUGGUGCGGCAAGUGAUGUGGGAAAGGAUUAAAGCGGAUCAGAUGGAUACCAUAGUCCUGUGUAACUUGUCAGAAGGGAAAACCUAUGGUUCAGAUUAUCAGGAGCGUGCAAUGAUAGACUGUGCUACUCAGGAGAGCGACAUUCUUGUCAUUCAAAAUGUUACAUCUUCUGACUCUGGAAUUUACCGCUGUCGUCAUGGUGGAAACAAAACCCAUGUGAUGCGCUUGACUGUCACUAGCGCAACUUUGGAUCAUCACUGGCAUAUUUUGCUCAUUGCUGGAGGGGCUGCUGCCUCAUUAUUACUACUGGUCACCAUACUGAUCAUUAGCGUCACUGUUGUUUAUCGUAAAAAAAAGAAAAAGAGAAGGAUCAUGAAGGCCCUCUCGAAAGCCCUGUGCUCCACUCAGACCCGGCCCAGUAACAGUUAUGGAAGAUCCAACUUUCGUGGCACACCAAACAGCGGAGGAGGAGUUGCAUCAGUACCUGGGGAGAUGCAUGAGAUUUAUAUCAACUACAGAGACUUCUCACGCAAACCUAAGACAAGAGCAUGAGUUUCCUUCUCAUGUCUGAAUAAAGUAACCAAAGUAGAAGUACAGGCUUUGGAUCAUAGGCUUUAUUCUCCUUUGUACCAGACUGACCUUUAUUUUUUUAGUCUCCAUCAGCUAAGUGACUUUGAUUUAUCAGUGCAGCAAGAGAUUAUUUGUUUGUCUAUAAUUUACAUCUUCUGAGGUUUUAACUACCUUUUAAGCAAUCUUUUUGGCAGGGAGCGAGGGAAUAAAUUAAGAGGCCAAUUGAGAGCUGGUGUACCUCCCAUGGCACUGGAGCUGCGUCUGCCUACACCAGGUCUGAAUCUGAUCCUGAAAAUUUAUAUGAACGAGUGAAGCAGAGGGAAAAUGUGUUCUUUUCUGUCUAGAUCCAGAUAUUUAACAUCUGCAGCGGCACUUUAUGCUGUGUGCUUUAUAGAGUGACAGCAGAAUGAAACUGUUUUUGCCCACUGGUAACAUAAUACCUGCAUGUGAAGUGACAGGAUCAAAUACAUCAGGUUUCCUCUUGCCCAGAAUAAGAAGGGUUCAUAGGAUCCUGCCAUCCCUCCCUCUCAAUGGCCACACAUGAUGUUCAAGCAGCCAUUCAGGUCUUUAUGGUUAAGAAAAAGAUAGAAAUCUGGCCCUGAGGCACAGCAGCACACUCAGGUGAAAACAAAACACAAAGACUCAGUCACUGACAAGUUAUAUUUAAUAAUAAUUUAUUAUAAGGUUUGGUUGCACAAAAAAAUAAAUGAGAACAAGGAGGAUAUGGGAAUAAAUGAGGCAAAGCAGAAGAAAAAAGCAUGAUUAAGAACACUUACAAAAUGAUAUGUAUACAUACACACACAUAUAUGUGUAUAUAUUCUGCAGGAACCUGCAGAAGAAAAAUGCACAAAAAUAGAAACAAACAAACAAACAAACCAGAAGGCAGACCUGAGAAUUAGGGUCUACGCAUCCUAUUGGCCCUAUACACAAGUGCUUUUAGUGGAAUGUCUCUAGGCGUGCGCAGGACAGUCACUUUAACAUGAGAGAGGAAUCCAGGUAAGCGAGUGCUAUCAUGAAGACUAAUAGUCACAUAUGGCUGCAUACUAUAAUGCCUUAACAUACUGUAUACGUAUGUCAGGCUGAUUAGGCGCCUGCUUGGCCUGAUGCUCACUUUCUCUUUAAACAUUAGUGAAAGUGGUAUUGAACUUGAAUAUUUCUGGAAAGGGGAAAAAAGUUAAUGUCAUUCUGACUAAGCAUUAGUUACCAGUUCCAUUGAGUUUGGCAGGGAAAGAGGAUUGACAGCAGCCUGAAAGCUAAAAGUUUUAUUAUUUUAUUAUAAUUAG